AGGACGUGCCAAGAAGAUUUCACAGAGGAAGAUAAGACUUAAUAAAAACAGUGGUGUCUCCGAUCUCUCUACGCACAGAGACAGAAGGAAAUUUUACUUAGAGAUCAUGGAAAAGAAUUCUCAGGAGAGCCCCGAGGUCUGUCACUUUUUACAUGCAGAAGCGUCUAAGACAAGAAAGAAGACCUGCAAAAGAUACAAAAUCUGUGGAUUGCUCUUCUGCAUACUGGUGAUUUUUCUUAUUCUGAUAUUUUUUGGUGUCAAAUAUUUCUGGAACCCUUCACCUAAAAAAAUAUACGAUAUGGAACACACAUUCUUUAGCCAUGGGGAGAAAAAGAAGAUUUUGAUGGAGAUAGAUCCUCUAACCAGAACAGAGACAUUCAGAUCUGGAAAUGGCAGAGAGGAAAUUUUAGAAAUACAUGACUUUAAAAAUGGAAUAACUGGCAUCUUUUUUGGAGAACUUCAAAAAUGCUUCAUCAAAACUCAGAUUAAAGCAAUACCUGAAACUACGGAGGCUGAAAUACAGGAACCUAAGGAAGAUGAACUGAUGACUACCUACUUGGAGCAAUCCAUGGUCUGGAUUCCAGAGGAAAAACCUAUUGACAACAAAGAAUUCCUAAAGAGCUCCAAAAUUUUUGACAUCUGUAAAAAUGUGACCACACACUGGAUCCACCCAACUCUGAUCACAGCUCCUGAGCUGCAUGACUUUGAAGAUGGAGGGGAAGAUAAUGUCCACUUCCUUGUGACCAAACAAGAUGGGGCUGAAAGACAGAAUGAGCACCAUGUGGAUAAGGAUGCGAGGCCAGGAACCAAACGCCGGGCCCGGCAGCUAACUGAAGAGGAUCUUCCCGUAAAUGACUAUACGGAGAACGGACUUGAGUUUCACCCCUUGUGGGAUGAACGAGGCUACUGCUGUGCUCAGUGUCGCCGCGCCAACCGAUACUGCCAGCGGGUGUGUGAGCCUCUGCUGGGCUAUUACCCGUAUCCCUACUGCUACCAGGGAGGAAGGGUUAUCUGCAGAAUCAUCAUGCCAUGCAACUGGUGGGUGGCACGCAUGUUAGGGAGAGUGUAGGGCCACACACCUGCUGAAGCAAUGGAACUAUAACUAAUGUAUGUCCUUGCUGUAUAGAAGGACCCUAUUGUACACUGCCGCUCAGCUAGCCUCCCUGUAUUACAAGCCUGUAAAAUGCAGGCUGUUAACUCCUUGAUUCCUGCUGCGUGCUCCAGCCAUGCCUGGCUGAUUACACCACCUGUGCUGCUGUUCUAUUCUAUUCGAUACCACGCUCAUCCCUGCAGUAUCUUGAGUGCCUGCUGAACACAGCAGGUGCAGCCUAACGUUCCCCUGCUUGCGGUGAAAUGUUCAUGGACAGCAUGCAAAGGAUGAAUAGGCAAGAUUGUAUCUGUGCUGCACCCUAAGAAACAAGCCAAACAAUAAAUGUUUUGUAUGAGCAAUUGCAAAGAAAAGUUAUUUAAACUCAGUCUGUGCUGUUUAGUGGGUCUGACAAGUGAGCUCACUGUGCAGCUCCAGAGCCAGCUAACAUGCGGAGCUCAGGUUCCAGGUCCCUCACUGGGCUCAGCUAGCUAAGGUCUUACAAAGGCGAGUGAGGGUUGCAGCACAGUAUCCGUAUCCCUGUUUGUGCCAGACUGCAAACAGAUUGACUACACUGACCUGGCCAUUCCCUCAGCACCUCUCUAGACACACAAACCACACAGGACUCCUAUGGGCACUUAGUUCAUCAGAAAUCCAGGUACCAGGCAUUCACAUGCUGGCACUCUUCCCUCCGAGUCAGCAUCUUAGCGCGAUGCUAGGGGCUGCUGGGCUACGGUAGAUGCCAUCAUCUGGCUGAGAUACUAGGGCAGGUACCUGUCUCAUUUGUAGUCAUUAAAAUAGCCCAUGACACUUCUCACAAGUCCUGGCCAAUUUCCUGCUUGUGUAAUUACAUUCUGCCUUCUCACAUUCCCCCUGCCUUUCCAGUUGGACAGAGUAGACUUCACUUACAUUCUUAAGGAAAAAACAGCCCCCACAUGCUGGUUAUUGCGUAUUUAUCCAUCUGGAAGAAAACAGAGUCUUCAUUCUCAGGUUGGUUGCAACAAGUCAGAGACAGUUUAUUUUCCUGACACUUGCAAGGGGAGAGUAAACCCAGACAGGGGUUCCCCCCGUCCCAGGCAGGUCUCCGUUAGAUAAACAAUUAGAGCAAGAAUUUAUACCUUUUGUUACAGACAAUAACGAUCAACAACCACAUCUUGUUUAUACAUAUUCCUUCUGAUAUCUUACUUUUCUCAGCAGUUCCUGCUACAGUCUGUAUUCCAUUCUUAUCUAACACAAGGUCAAAAAACAGUAUUGCUUACAGUUUUUUGUUCCACUUGCUUUCCACUUGCCCAGGCCCUGCCUGAAAUCUUGCAUUAUUAGAGCUAGUGUUAGCCUGACUCUUAUUUUAUUCCUAAAAGUUAAGAUAUCUGCAUUCAAAUUCCCUUUAUCCUUUUCUCUGCUUCCACACUCUCCCCUUUUGUGCUUCCAGCACAACCAUCACUCUCAAACCUCUAUUCUCAUUAAAUCUUGUAUUUCUGACUCUAGCUCACACGGUACAACCUUCUGGGGUUUAACUGAAUACAAUGACAAA